UGUUUUUUGCUAAUAGUUUCGCCAUGGUUCAUCAGACCGCUUGUAAAAGUAAUUGGAAGAAUAAUAGUAAAGUAAGUAAGUACAUUUUAUUUAUUUAGCAUUCAUCACAGACAGAGAAUUACAACGUGCUUCACAUAGAUCAAUAACAAAACAAAUCAUAAAGUCAUAAAAUCAUAAUGAUCUUAAACGAAACAGAAAUAAAUACAAAUAAAACUAACUCAUAAAAUUAUAAAAUAUCAUAAAACCAAUAAAAAUGAUUACAAAGUUGAGUAAAAAAAUAGGAAAACAAAACAUUUUGGUAAAAACAGCUUUAAAUAAAAGGGUCUUCAGCUGUUUUUUAAAGGUUACCAGACUGUCAAUACUACAUAAGGUUAAAGGCAGUUCAUUCCAAAGCCAGGGUGCAACAACCUGGAAGGAGCGAUCACCUUGACUUUUAAAUCUGGUCUUUGGAACUUCUUGGGUCGGAUCAGAAGAAACAAAAAAGGAUAUAAUCCUCGGGUGGAGAGCAAUAAGGGCCGCCAAAAAGCAGCAUCAGCCUCGUCUUUGCUCUUUCCCUUGAGUUUUCCUCUUUUAGAACUUUGCUUUAUGACAUCAUCAUCUUCAUCAUCAUCAUCAUCAUCAAUUCCAUCAUCAGCAUUCAGUUCUCAGUGACGCACCGUCAGAGACAGUCGUGUUUGCUCGUUGUUCGAUAGUUUUUCAACUUAUCGUCUACGUGUUAUUUAGCAUUAUGGGAGAUUCUUUUGCACACAAGAGCUACUCUCCAGCUCUGGUUAAAGAUUCAGAGACUUAUAUUAGCAUGGAACCACCGCAUUUGUCAGAGAAUCGUGGUUUAGUUUCAGCAACCAAACGGAAAGCCGUUUCAGACCCUGGACCUCCCACAAAAAGGUUUAAGGUUUCUGAUGAAGGGAGACUCGUUAAAAACAACCAGACCAUUAUAGGAAUUGACAAAUUCACAAAGAAAUCCAUGUCCUUUGAUGGUGAGGGAUCUGAAAAUCCAGACAAGGAAUGCAGAUAUUUGGUUCCUGAGAAAGGAUCGUCCUCUGCCAAAAGGAAAGCUGUUUUUCAUCACGAACCUCCCACAAAACGGUCUAGGGUUUCAGACGAAGGCAGUGUCUCCAGAGAUAACCUGGAUGAGACAAUCAGAGUCUCAAAGAGGUCACGCUCCCCAGAUGGUGAGGGAUCAGAAAGUCCAGCAAAGAGACUCAGACUGUCUGAUUCUGAGAGUCCCUCGCUUUCAGCCAAAGAUCAGUUCGAGGCAAAAUACGAGCAAAAAGAUCAGCUCGGAAAGGGAGGCUGUGGAUCUGUUUAUGGUGGCUACCGCAGGGCAGACAAUUUACCUGUGGCAAUCAAACAUAUACCAAAGGAAAAUGUAGUCUGGACAGAUACGGACGAGAACGGCCAGCAGCUCAGCAUUGAGGUAGCCGCCAUGCUAAAACUCCAGACAGAAUCAGCUGAUUCGGUGGGGAAGUCAGCCCCAAUUUCCCUCCUGGACUGGUAUGACUUCAACCAGGAACAAAUUCUAGUGUUGGAGAGACCAGUGCCUGCAGUGGACCUCUCACAGUUUAUUGAAAAUAACAAAGAGCCCCUACAGGAGAAUCAGGCUAAAACUAUUAUAAAACAGCUGGUUGAUGCCGUCAAACAUCUGGAGGACACCAACAUCUUCCACAGAGACAUUAAACCAAAAAAUAUUCUGAUUGAAACAGGAUCAGAAAUCCCGCGACUGCGACUGAUUGACUUUGGACUGAGUUGUUUCACCAACACAGAAUAUGAAGACGGCUGGUUCUACGGCACAGCGAAACACGCCCCUCCUGAGUAUAUUUCUGAAUGCAGUUAUGAGGCAGGACCAGCAACCGUGUGGCAGGUGGGAGUUGUUCUCUAUGAAAUGCUCCACGAAAGUUUGUUUGACUCAAGAAAGUUACUCGAUAGCAAACUCAGAAUCAGGACGGAUCUCUCUACAGACUGUAAGAGAUUCCUAAAGAGCUGUUUCUGUUUGAGCCCAGGGUGGCGUCCCACCUUAAAGGAGCUCCAGUGUCACCCUUGGCUUUUGUAAAACAGAAACUAGUCUUCAAAGCUCUGGACCCAAUUCUCCAGCUCUGGUUAAAGAUUCAGAGACUUAUAUUAGCAUAGAACAACCGCAUUUGUCAGAGAAUCGUGGUUUAGUUUCAGCAACCAAAUGGAAAGCCAUUUAAGACCCUGGACCUCCCACAAAAAGGUUUAAGGUUUCUGAUGAAGGCAAACUCUCCGCAAACAACCCUAACAAUGUAUAAAUAGACAACUUCUCAAAGAGAAUCCUUUCCUUUGAUGGUGAGAGAUCUGAAACUCCAGACAAGGAAUGCUGAUUUUUGGUUCCUGAGAAUGGAUCGUCUUCUGCCAAAAGGAAAGCUGUUUUUCAUCACGAACCUCCCACAAAAGGGUCUAGGGUUUCAGGUGUAGAAAGCAGGUGUAACAUGUUUAAGAUAGGAAACUGAAACAUCAUAACUGCUGAUUGUUUCUUCCAGAUUAACUCAGCUUUUGUGUUUAGGACGUACCCUACAACCCUAACAUGUUCAACCAGGUAAGCACCCCAGUGGGUCGUGGCAGGCGGCCACUCAUACUGAGCCAGGUUCUGCUGGAGGUUUCUUCCUAUUAAAGGGGAGUUUUCCUCUCCACUGUCGCUACACGCUUGCUGUAAAGUCACUGACUCGACUAGUCAGUGACUUUACAGCAAUCAACUGGGUUUCCUUACAUAGAGACAUUCAACUAAUCAGAAUAAUGAACUCAAUCAAUUGUUCAAUAAUUUGCUUCAACUGGAGUGUUUGCACUUUAAAGUGCCUUGAGAGGAUUUGUUUAACAAAUUGGUAAUAUAUAAGUAAACUGAAUUAAGUUAAAUAAAGACGGACAAUAAAAUGUUAUCCAACUGAA